AUGGAAAUCAAAUUAAAAAGUAAUUAAUUGUAUUUAUAUAAUACAAAUCUUUGAAAAAAGCAUCAAGUCUUCCUUAUAAUUAUUUUAUUCCAAUAAAAUGUAUCCAUAAGUUAUUUGAAUAAUUUUUGUAUUAUACAAUAAAUACUAUAACUCUGAUANCAGAGUUUAAAUUUGAAUUACAAUAAUGUAGAGGCAGUUAAACAACCGAUGCUGAUGCUAAACGUUACCAUAAAAUUCCAUUAAAAACACAAAUUUUAUUGUUUUAAAUGGUCUUUUAAUAAGGAAAACGAAUAAAACAGGUUAUAACCUUGUAUACUAAAUUUAGGUUGCGAAAUCAUUGGGAAUGAAUUAUUCAAGUGCUAAGUCUUUGAUUCAUUAUUAUAAAAAGAAUAAAAGACCAACUCCUACAGCUAUAACUAGCAUAAUAAACUUAAAGAAAACAUGUGAUGUAAAAGAAACAAGAAAAGGAAAUGAUAAUUUUUUCGUUGACAUACGAAUAAAUAAAAAAAGUAUUAGGAAAUACAAUUAUUAUCAACUAUCAAACAUGAAUCAUAAUAAUUUAUCAAAUUGA